CUCGGCCCGCGCAGCGCUCAGCCCGUCCUUGCAGCUUCGGGGGCAUCGCUGAGUCGGCUGCGGGGGCGCGCAGGUGUCCCCCGCCCGCUCCGGGCCCGAUGCCCACGCCGCCCCGCGACCCCUCGGGAUGGGCUGAGCCCCGGCAGGCCAUGCGGAUCAGCGUGGGCGGGCUGCCCGUGUUGGCGUCCAUGAGCAAGGCGUCGGACCCCCGGUUCCGGCCCCGCUGGCGGGCCAUCGUCCUGUCGGCCCUCAGCGUGGCGGCCGCCCUGCUCCUGCUCUGCCUGCAGCGCCCGGCCCCCCCGCGCCCGGCCCCGGCCCCCGGCCCGCCCCCCGGGGACCGCUACAAUGCCACCUACCCGCUGUCCCCGCCCCAGCGGACCCCCGAGGGGCUCCGCUACCGCAUCGCCCUCAUCGCCGACCUGGACACGGGGUCCCGGGCGCCGGCGGAGAACACCUGGUUCAGCUACCUGAAGAAGGGCCACCUGACCCUGGCGCCCGGGGGCCGGCGGGUCAGCGUCGAGUGGGACCGGGAGGACGGCGUCCUGGAGUCCCACCUGGCGGAGGGGGGCCGCGGCAUGGAGCUGUCCGACCUGGUGGUCUUCAACGGGAAGCUCUACUCCGUGGACGACCGCACCGGGGUGGUCUACCGGAUCGAGGGCACCAAGGCCGUGCCUUGGGUCAUCCUGUCGGACGGAGACGGGAGCGUGGGCAAAGGCUUUAAGGCGGAGUGGCUAGCGGUGAAGGACGAGCACCUGUACGUGGGCGGCCUGGGCAAGGAGUGGACCAGCACCACCGGCGAGGUCGUCAACGACAACCCCGAGUGGGUCAAGGUUGUCGGCCACCGGGGCAACGUGGAGCACGAGAAUUGGGUGUCCAACUACAACGCCCUGAGGGCCGCCGCCGGCAUCCAGCCCCCAGGCUACUUAAUCCACGAGUCGGCGUGCUGGAGCGACACGCUGCAACACUGGUUCUUCCUGCCUCGCCGGGCCAGCCACGAGCGCUACAGCGAGAAGGAGGACGAGCGCCGGGGCACCAACCUGCUCCUCCGCUCGGCCCAGGACUUCGGCCGCAUCGCCGUCAGCCGCAUCGGGGAGGUGAGCCCCACCCACGGCUUCUCCUCCUUCAAGUUCGUGCCCGACACGGACGACCAGGUCAUCGUGGCCCUCAAGUCGGAGGAGGAGGGCGGCCGGGCGGCCACCUACAUCAUGGCCUUCACCCUGGACGGCCGCUUCCUCCUGCCCGAGACCCGCAUCGGCGACGUCAAGUACGAAGGGAUCGAGUUCGUCUGAGGGGGGGGAUGGCGUCGCCGGCCCGGGUUUUAGGCGGAUGAGGGGGAGGGUGGUGUGUUAUUGUCGGGGUUUUUUUGGGGUUCUUUUUUUUAAAAAAAUCCUUCUGUGGGGGUCGCCGAAGACCCUCCGGCCAGAGGGAGGGCCAGGGACCGGACAGCCUGGCGGUGGUGCUCCUUCUCGUGUUCUCGUGCCUAAUCGUGGCUAGUGAUCAUUGCAACCGGUUUACACCCCCCUGUCCCGCCAACCCCUUGCCUCCCAGCAUCCUCUGGGGCCCUCACGCCAACCCCUUGCCUCCCAGCAUCCUCUGGGGCCCUCAUGCCAACCCCUUGCCUCCCAGCCCCGCCGUUUGGUGCUGCAGCGGCGGAGGUCCCUCCUGGUAGAGCCCGCCCUUCCUGGAGGAUUCAGCGGCAGGGAGAGGAGCAGACUCCCCCCUCACUGGUGAAUCAGAGACCCCCAAGGCUCUGCGAUGGAGUGCCCCGAACCGCGGGGGCAUCCCGAGAAAAGCCAAGACCCUUCCUGAGCCGUGAGGCCUCACCGGUCCUCCUCCGGCCAAACCCACCCAGAGCCAGAGAGCACUUUUAAACCCCUUCCCCUGAGUAAACCGCCCCCUCCACAAUCAAGCAGAGCCCCCACAGUGCUGAUGGGGUCUUGUCCCCCACCGGGCAGCGGGCCCUGCCCUUGGGAGAGGCUGGCCUCGAGUGAGACGGGUGGGGGGAAUCACCCCCCGUUGGGGGCCGGACAGAGCCCAGGGCACGUUGCCCUCCCCUGGGGACCGGGGAUGGAGCGAAUGAAAAAGCAAAGGGGAGUUUCGGCUCUCUGAGAUGGUUCAGGCGGCCCAUUCCCCUGCCCGGCUGCCCGGAGUGGGGUGUUGGUCUGACCCUGAAGCUUGGGGCUGAGAGAGUAGGGCCUGGACCACCCAGCCUGCUGCCCCUCCUGCCUCUCUGGGUGCAGACCCCGGUGGCGGCGGGGCAGGAGGAGCAGACGUCACCAUGGGCAUCCAUACUGGGGGCAGAGGGAGCCGGAAACCUCAUUCCAUGGACAGAGGCCCCACAGGCGCUACCUCAUCCUCUUCUCACCUCUUCCCUCCCCCCGCCGACCAUUUGAAAGCCCAUUUUUUUGGUUCUUCCUUCCCCGCCAGGACGAGCAAAGCCCUGUCCUCACCCUGGCUUCAAGCAGCAAGAAGGGGCCUGCGUCCCCCGGGAAGGCCACCGGUCCCAAGCCCCCCUUCUUACUGCUUAGCCGCCUCUUCUCCCUCUCCUCAGGCUCUUCCUUCCAGGUGGGUGAGAGGGGGACAAGGAAACCCCCCUUCUCGGGAAGGUCCCGAGACCCUCAAGACCCCGAGCGGGAGACCCCCCACUUCCCCUCUCCCAGCACCAAGCACCUGGAGUAUGAACUGGAUUCCCCAUUUGCACAGAGCGAAUGAACUUCCUAAUUUUUUUAAAUUAUUCUGUCUUGGUCGCCCCACCGCCCUUCUGUGUUCCUUCCGUCCCAACGAUGACCGUGCUUCCUCCUCCUCAUCCAUCUGUUUUCGAAACAAUAAAGUUUCAGAGGGGAAAUUGAGUCCCAGCUCAAGUCCUGACCCCCCCGCCUCCUCCAUCCCCCCCACGAGGUGAGGGGAGCCAAGAGGGUGGAGGAGGGAGGGUAGUGGAAGUGAGCCCCCCACCCUGUCAGCUCAUCGAAUGUUUAAUAUUUUCCAGCAAAGCCGCUGGGCAUCAGUCAGAAGGACCUGAGUUCAAAUUCGGGCUUCGCCACUUUGCCGUGUGACCUUGGGCCGGUCAUUUAAC